AUGGCGUCGCACUGCUGCAGACCUCUCUUAAACUCUUCCUGUUGUGGUGGACUCAUCAAAGUGUGCCUCUCCUCCUUCACAGACAUCUCUCCGGCAGAACUGGAUGCUCUGUGGAGGGAGCCGUCGUACACUUUCGGGGGAACAAAUGAGCACUUCUCCGGAAAUGACAUUAUGACACAAGGGGCAGGUGAGGAGGAGCUGGUGGAGUCUGGAGAAGGGGCGGAGUCUGACAGCUACUGGAAAAAGAAGGAAGCGUUUCCCAGAGGAAGUAAGGUGUCGCUGGGAGAGAAAUUCUCCUCAGAAAUUUUGCUAAUUUUCACGGCACAAAGGCGUUCGAGUGGACCUGACCGCUCCUUACAGGAAGCACUUCGGACUCGGCUGAGAGUGGUGGAGAGUAACAGCAAGGACGUCACUCAGCUCUUUAAGGACCUGUCUGCUCGUCUGGUCUCCGUCCACGCUGAGAAAGACUGCUUUGUGCUCACCUUCAAAACUGUGGAGGAAAUCUGGAAGUUCUCGACCUACCUCGCAUUAGGAUUUGUGGCUCGCUGCUUGGAGAACUUCUUGUGUGAUCAGUCGUUUUGGUUGGACCCGGAGCUCCUGAGUGAUUUGGAGAUAAACGUCACUGUGGAUGAAGAACACCUGGCCACUCUUUAUUUAGGACUUCUGCUUCAAGAAGGGUCGUUCUUUGCCAAAGCCUUAUUCACAAGAAACGACGUAAACGAGGAUGAUGAAGACCAGCUUGUGUUCAAUAAGAAUGAGCUGCUGCUGGUGCGGGACACUGGGCAGGAGGACAUGUGGGAGGGCUCCAUGCUGUCCACAGGAGCCCAUGGCCUGGUGCCGGUCAGCACCAUGCAGCCGCUGCCGUACCCCUUCUAUCAGUGGUUCCUCAGGAAGUACCCAGGCCACGCUGGAUAUGCCCCAACAGGGAAGGAACGAUUUCAACAUCCUAUUGUUACUGGUUCGUGUGUAGCAGUGGCAGACUACAGCCCCCAGACUCCGGAUGAGCUGCAGUUAAAUCAAGGUGACAUCAUUGAGAUCCAGGGUCUUCUCCUCCGGGGCCUGGCGGUUUUCAUUGGGAAACACACAUCCACUGGGAACACAGGCUUUGUCCAUCAGACCAAUGUCAAGCCUCUCAAUACCACACCUUUGGACAGACAACUGCUGUUUCUGACGGAGGAGGAGCGCUGUGGUCUGGCCCAGGUUAAACCGUGCAGCAUCGAGCCGUGUGACAGUGGGCUGCUGGACAAGCUCUUCUCCUCAGACAUCAGCGCAGUCUACAGGCUCGACAGACUUGAUGAUUCUGAUUUUAUGUACAUCAAAAACACUCCAAAACACGAAUACAAGGUGUCGUCCAGCACCCGUCAGAGCCUGAUGUCGGAGAGAAGUGGCGGGACUCCUCCUUUUUCCCCCCGUAACUCUGUGUCCCAGGCUUCUCCACGCCUGUCCUCCCGCCACAGCCCCCACAGCAGCCUGCCUCGGGAGGCCGAGCGGCUGACCUUCCACCCUGAGGACACCUUCCGGGAGCUGGAUGAGUUCUUGCUGCUGGACGAGGGCAGCUGGAACGGGGACGAGGCAGAGCUCAGUGACCCCACAGUGACGCUGCUCAACCAACCACACUUCCAGGACGACUUCCUUCCUCUCUACGACAUGCAGUAUUCUUUCCUGUGGGUUACAUUUGGAGGUAAAACGGAGGAGGAGCUGUCUGUGCAUUUGGAGAGCGUGAGGGAGUGUGCCAAGAGAAUGGGAAUGCACUGGGCCCAUCGACGCUCCUGUUACCUCCUGGGACGACUCUGCGCCAAGAAGCUCAAGCUCUCCCAGGCUCGUGUUUACUAUGAAGAAGCCCUGAGUGUUCGCGCGGACAGUUUCAGUGACACUCCUCUCUUCACCGCUCUUGUCACAAACCUCACUGCCAUUUAUCUGAAGCAGAAAAUGACGGACAAACUUCCCUUCACUCUGGAGAAGGCCUGUGCUCUGCUCCUGUGCCUCCCCUGCCACAGCUACACCACCAGCGACGAGCUUGAGCUUCUAAACCUUCUGCUGCGGCGGUCCGUCUUCCUGGGGGAUAAACAUCUCGAAGCUCGCGUCUGCUACCUCACCUCCCACCUUUUCUUGUCUUUGCGGAAGGCCGACGACGCAUUACCAUUUGUGGAGCGAUUGCAAUUUCUUUCCGUGACUUUAUCUAACAGUGAAAACCAGCCUGUCGCUCCUGUAGACUUGAACUGGCUCCUUAGCGGACUCUAUCACCGCAAAUACAUGCCUUAUCUAGCACUGGCGUCGGUUAGCUUGGACUCGAGGCGUGACCACUCCCUUCAAGAUGCUUUUCAGAAGAUUGAAUUAUUUAUUAAGAACUCUGUGAGAUUAAAUCCGUGCUGGAGAGAAGGAACGUCUUUACUCCCGGCCCAGAUAGUAGUUUACCUGCAGCAAGCUUUGGCCAUUGCAGAAAAAGAGGCAGAGCUGAACACGCAGAGGGACCUGUGUUUGGGGCUGGCCUUCCUGUACCAGCAGUAUGGAGCGCUGGAGAAAGCGGUGCGAUGUGCGCAACAGGCGGUGGACACGGGGGGACACAUCAACGAGGAGGAGAGCUUCGAGGCGUCUGUGCUCUACGGGUGGCUCCUGGUUUUGACCGGACAAGCAGACAAGGCCCAGGCCAUCCUCCAGCCGCUGCUAACGUCACUACAGUGCACAGACAGUCCCACUCAGAGAGGGGUCAUCCACAACCUGCUGGCUCUGUCUCUGAGGAAGCAGCGGCGAGUGUCCGAGGCGCGUGGUCACCUGCAGUCGGCUCUGGUCAUCUCCAGAGAGAGCGGCAACCAGAGGAACCAGGCUCUGGCCCUCGCCAACCUGGGCUGUCUGGCCAUCGACGUGGGGGCAGCGUCUGUGGCAGAACUCGUACUGUUCAAAUCUCUGCAGCUGUUCAUGGAGCUGUGGGAGAGCCCGACGGCCGAAGAGCACGUUCAGACAUACCUGUGGCUGGGGCGGAGCUACAAGGACAGGAGGCGGAGUCAGGAUAUCCGGAAGUGUUAUGAAAUGGGAUUACUUAUUGCACUCCAUGCCAAGAACCUGCACAGUCAGAUGGUGGUGGCCAAAGUCCUCAGUCGGCUGUACGCUGACCUGCUGUUGUACGGUCAGAGCAUUGUUUACUACGAGCACUGCGCCUCGGUGUCCAGAGAGCUGAAGGACAAAAGACUGGAGGGGGAAUAUCUGGAAAUACUCAGCAGUCUCUAUCUCUCACUCAACACGGAGAAAUCAUCUCGAAAAUCUCUGGACUACACAAAACAAAGCCUCAGAAUAUCUAUUGAUCUGGGCAAAAGGGAGGAGGAGUCCGAGACCUGGCUUCAAGUGGGACGCAUUUAUUACCUUAUUUCAGAGGACGAACUAGCCGACAUGUAUUUACAGGCUGCUGUGAAAACUGCACUGAGAAUGAACGACCCCUACUUCACGAUGAGCAUUUACGAAGAGGCGGGGGAUGUUUACUUCAAAGGCCAUAGGAAUCGAAUGGCCUCAUUGCCUUUUUAUAGAGAUGGUGGCUUGCCCUUUGCACGCUGCAUCGGAGAUUCUUACUCGGAGUUUCGUUUGUUGAGCAAGCUGACUGAUUUGUUAAUGGACCACAGAGAAUGGGAGGAGGCCCUGCAGUACGCAACGCUGGCUGUUGAGGUUGCAGGAAAAACCGGUGUACAUUUGAAUGAGUGGACUACCUACAACCGCCUGGCCACAGUCUACUACAGACUGGAGCAGUUCGAGAUGGCAGAAAACUACUACCUCAAGGCGCUGUCGUUCUGUCCUCCCUUCAUAGAACACCCCCUGGAGGCGCAAUAUUACACCAAAGUCUACUGCAGGCUGGGAAACCUCACUCUGUACAAGCUAAAGGAUGCCUUUGAUGCAGUGGGCUACUUCCACUUGGCCCUGGCCGCUGCCCUGGAGGACCCGGCUAACCCCGAGGCUUUGUAUGUCGUUUACAUGAAGUUGGCUGAAAUAUACGGAUACCACAUGCCAAACAAUCAGCUGUGUCAAGCCUACAGAGAGAGGGCCCAGAGUCUGAAGAGGGUCCUGGGAGGGGCCGCCGCUGCUGCUGCUGCUGGAGCGGAAGGCAAACAUUUGGACAAUGGAGAGACCUGUGGAGAGCUGGUGUAG